AUGGAGUCUAAACAUGAAGAACAUGUGUUAUCCAAACAAAAACAUGAUCAAGAUGUAAACAAAAAAGGUUCAUUAGACGACGAAAAUGGAGAUGUUGAGCAUAAAACGAUACCUUUACAAGAAACAGAAACUGUAAUUAUUAACUCAGAAUCACAUUCAAGAUUAUCGUCGUCUUCGUCAUCUUCGUCUUCUUCUUCUUCGUAUUUAUCGCCACCGAAAGAUCUACCUGAAGAGGUACUAAAAGAAUCAUUGAAUGAUCCGGAGAUUUCUUCACCACCUGUUCAAGUAAUGGAUAGAGAUAACAACGGAAAAUAUGACCCGAAUAGGAUUCCAUCUUCGGUUUUCGAGAGAAGCAAAUCGAAUGUGCCAGCUGAAUGGAGCUGCACUUCGAAUGAAUCUCUCUUCAGUAUUCAUUUAGGAAACAAUAGUUUCACUGGUUAUGGUGGUGAUUUGAUGAAAUCAGGUGAACUUUAUAAAUCCGGUGAGUUACUUGCGUAUAGUCCUGGACUUCCUAUGCCGCCUGUACCAGGAUCGGAACCAAAACCCGUAGUCGAAGAACCGAAAGUUGUUGAAUCAGAUAAGGAAGAGAAAGUUGUACUAGUAGAAGAAACACAUACAUCAUCAUCAGAUGAAGAAGAAGGGAAAAGAGAAAGCCAUGAGAAAGAACAACAUCCUGCUGUUUCUUGGAAAACUCCUACAACUUCUUACCGUUCUAACCGAAGCUCAAACAGCGCGCACUCCUUCUCUUUCCCAAUUUUGGCUGGAGCUGCAAGUGAUUCAAGAAAGGUAGAAACGGAGAAACAGAAGGAACAAGCAAAUCAGUCACAAGAGUCACAAAAACCAGUAGCAGAUGCAACAAAUCAGAAGCAGUCAAUGUGUAGGUGCUUCUCAUGUUUUCCUCAAUGUCCGUGGUGUUGUUCUUCUUGUUCUUGAUUCUGUUUUGAUGUUUGAUUAGACAAAAACAAAAGUUGUGGAGUUUAUCUCCUGUAAAGAAAGUAUGUAGGUCAUUAGAACCUUAAAUCAAUUCGAUUUUGUUCUCUGCUUUGUUCAUGAGAAGAUACAGAGAUCAAAGAGUGAAGAAAAAUGUUCUAGAUU